AUGAACAAUAGCUAUUUGUCAUCGUCUUCCAAAGACUAUUCUUUUGAAUAUUAUUCACCAUCAACGCCGGCAUAUUUUUAUUCAACAUCGUGUACUACAUGUCCUGUUCAUUCACCGCAUCUGUUCUACUCAUCUCCAAUACAAUCGAUGAAUAUGUCUCCUGUUCCAUAUUCAUAUUAUCAACAACAACCACAAGUAUUCUCUUCUUCUGAUCAAAGACACACCAGUAUUCCGACUGAUUCUGAUCGAACACCACUUCGUCGACACCAAUGCUUCAAAAAACAUGAGCUUGAAAUACUUCAUCGAGCCUAUUUUCAAGAACCGUAUCCAUCCAUCGAUGUUCUUCAACAAUUAUCUGUACAAUUGAAUGUUUCUAUUGAGAAAGUUCGUCAAUGGUUCAAGAAUCGACGUCAUAGUGAUAAGCAAAAGAAACGACCAACUACAUGA